AUGCUUAGUCCCAAAAGAACCAGAUUCCGUAAACACCAUAGAGGAAGAAUGAAAGGAAUAUCUUAUCGAGGCAAUAGUAUUUGCUUCGGGAGAUACGCUAUUCAGGCACUUGAACCCGCUUGGAUCACAUCGAGACAAAUCGAAGCCGGACGAAGGGCAAUGACACGAAAUGCACGACGCGGUGGAAAAAUAUGGGUACGUAUAUUUCCGGACAAACCCGUUACACUAAGACCCACAGAAACACGUAUGGGUUCAGGGAAAGGAUCCCCCGAAUAUUGGGUAGCUGUUGUUAAACCAGGUAGAAUACUUUAUGAAAUGAGUGGAGUAGCCGAAAAUAUAGCCAGAAAAGCUAUUUCAAUAGCGGCAUCCAAAAUGCCUAUACGAACCCAAUUCAUUACUUCGGGAUAG